AUGAAUAAAACUGACAAAACCUCAAUUUCUCCAGAUGCUCCAACAUUUUUUCAUAUCCCACACACCAAAUACCACUCUAUAUCUCCUCCUCCAGGAAUCGGCCCUAAAGUUUUAUGUCCUGCUUUGACUUAUGGCAUGAGCCCAGAAAAUCCAUUACAAACCUCAAAAAGCACCUUGCUAAAAUCUGACCUAAGACGUUCAGAAAUACUUAAACACAGCCCAAAUCUAGCUAAAAAUGCAGACACUGCGAAUUUUCUGAAUAAUCGAAAAAUCGACCACUUAAAAGAAAAGGCAAAAUUUGAAUAUCAGGAUUUCACGUUUAAAGACACUAAAUGGACCUAUGAUCUUUUUUCGCUGCGUCCUACAGAUUUAUUAUACAAUUUAAUAGAAUAUAAGCACUUAUAUGAUGAGAAAAUUGCUUAUAUUUAACCAAAAUAAUUUUUUAUUAGUAAUUAGCUGUUAUUCAUUUUUAAAAAAUAGAAUAGAUUUAUUAGCUGAUAAACGGCCAAAUAUAAAAUACCAAGCCCCUUACUACAAAAAAUACCACGAAGCUUUGAAUAAGAUUAAGAUUAAGAUUACGCUGGGUAUUUAAGGUCCCUACUACGUCCGAGGUCGCAUGCCACGGUUUCCCGUGUGGUGGCAGAGCGUUCACCAAGCCCGGGCCGAAACCCCCGGUUUCUCGGUAGAGGUAUUGUCAAGGGCCGUCUCAUACCGGCUUUGCUGACCACCUCCAUUUCCAACUUGGAUCGUCGCCUAAGUUUACGCCAACUCCGCUUCGUCGUCCGCCAGAUCUGCCCAUUGAAGGGCACCUUUUCAACUGGAGAGACCCCCGUUUUGGUGUCUAACUCGCCUCCCCCUCUUUUCCGGUCAUCCCGAGAAAGAACUCAACAGCUUUCGCCAUUCGGGGCGAGCCACUAAAGCAGCUUAGGCAGGUAAUUCACCCUGCCUCAUUUCGGGCACUCACUGGGCUGAGCGCUGCUGGCAAAAAGAAGUCACGAAUAACUGCCCAUGGGUCUGGUCGCAAAAAACAGCGGCUCUCGCGCUUAGGCCUCUCGCUUCGAGGUCCCAGACGUUGUUGGGCUAAUUCCUGGCUCCAAAAACCAUGCCCGGAUAUACAUGGGUAACCACCACUGAGAGGGUGGGUCGGUCGCCAUACGCCAUUUUAUGUAUAUCCACGAAGCUUUGAAUAAAUCUGAGUUUCACAAAGCUUCUGGUGCUUUUACAUUCCAAGUUGAGCAUAAGCAGCCGAUUACAAGGACAGGCUCAGACUCUAUGAAAAACCUAAAUGUCCAGUUAGAAGGGCUCAAACGUAAAUUAAAUGAAUCUCAUAUAAGCCAAGUCGGGUCUUUUAUUGCUAGGUCUUCAUCUCAAAAAUCAAUUCAAAGCCCCAGCACAAUUAACACCUCUAGAAUUUCUUCUAACUCCCCCCCCGUGAGUGAACAAAAAAAUUUUGUUCACUCACGGAGGGGUUAAUUUUUUUUUUUUAAAAACAUUUAUAUAUAAAUUUUAUAAAAAAUAAUAUUUUUUUUCGAAAUUUAAAAAAAUCCUAAUUCGCAAAAAUUGGAAAGCAAAUAUUAAUUUAAUUUAUAAGAUUUAUGUUUUAAAAAGCAAUUUGUUUAAAAUUAAACAGAAUUAGCUCUAGAUUUCAUUAUGCUAAUUAUCACUUAUAUAUCAAUUUUGUUUUCCAUAAAAAAUUUUUUGUAUUAAAAAAAAAUUUUUUGUUCACUCACGGAGGGUGGGUUUUUGGGCAAAAAAUAGCGAUUUUUCUAAUGGUUUUGUUCACUCACGGAGGGGGGGAGUAAAGAAAUAUCGAGAGAGUUAGAAGGCGCCUACAAGCUAUUUGAGCCUAAAUCAGUAAAGCAUCGAUCACAUAGCAAUUCACCAAUUUCUAAAAUAAUUGAAACUCCUGAAAAUGAUUUAUACGAGGAUAUAGAAGAGUUUGAAAAAAAAUUAAAAUUUUUAAAUAGCAUACCUAGGCCUGAAAAGCAAAUCCAAAAAGAUAAAUAUUAA